GAUUCUAUCAAUGCAUAAACGACAUUUAUUUAAGGUCGUUUCGAAGAAUUCUCAUGCUCUCUCCCUCCCGCUCUCAGUCUUCCUCUCGCUCGCUCUCUGCUCAGCCUCUCCCCUGGCAGCUCCUCCUUUCCUCCUCUAAUCCUUUUAAAUUCCCAAAUUCUUAACUAAUACUCUACAACAACUACUAUAAUCAGCGAUGGGGUGGGGAAACAUCUACAGAAGACGCGUGAAAGUGUUCUCAUUGGCUGUGUUAAUAUACCUCGAUUAUAAGGCUUUACAGAAAAGAGAGGAAUUUAUGAAGAACAAUGAGAAAAGCGAGGAGUUGUGGAAGAGAGCACACGAGCGGAAUGCUAAGCGUGUGCGUAAUAUGAUGAUACAGUUGGGAGGUUUGUGGGUGAAGCUCGGACAGUAUUUGUCCACUCGUGCUGAUGUCCUUCCUUCUGCUUACAUUUCGCUUCUCAAGCAGUUGCAAGACUCCCUCCCGCCUCGCCCGUUGCAGGAGGUUUGUCGUACGAUAGAGAGAGAACUAGGGAAAUCCAUGAAGGAGAUUUUCUUGGAUUUUGAUGAAAAUUCACUGGCAACAGCGUCGAUUGCGCAAGUGCAUCGUGCUACGUUAAUUGAUGGGCGGGAGGUGGUGGUUAAAGUUCAACAUGAAGACAUCAAGGCAAUCAUAUUGGAGGACUUGAAGGAUGCAAAGUCCAUUGUUGAUUGGAUAGCCUGGACAGAACCACAAUAUAACUUCAAUCCCAUGAUUGAUGAAUGGUGCAAAGAAACUCCAAAAGAACUCGAUUUCAACCAUGAAGCAGAGAACACCAGAACCGUGUCUAAAAAUCUUGGUUGCACAAACAAAUAUGACAGCGACAAGUCCAUCAAUCAAGUGGAUGUUUUGAUCCCUGAGGUUAUUCAGUCGACUGAAAAGGUUCUAAUUUUGGAGUAUAUGGACGGAAUUCGUUUGAAUGACCUUGAAUCCCUAGAAGCUUGUGGUGCUAACAAACAAAAGAUUGUUGAAGAAAUCACACGGGCCUAUGCCCAUCAAAUAUAUGUUGAUGGAUUUUUUAAUGGUGACCCUCAUACUGGUAAUUUUCUGGUCAGCAAAGAACCUCCACAUCGUCCAAUUUUGCUUGACUUUGGGUUUACAAAGAAAAUAUCAAGCUCUAUGAAACAAUCACUAGCUAAAAUGUUUCUUGCUACUGCUGAGGGGGACCAUGUUGCUCUUUUGUCUUCCUUUGCUGAAAUGGGACUUAAGCUGCGCCUGGACCUUCCAGAGCAGGCUAUGGAUGUGACCAGCAUAUUCUUCCGUGCCUCAACACCAGCAAAUGAAGCUGCUGAAUAUGCUAAAACUUUGAAUGAGCAAAGAACAAGAAACAUGAAGGUGCUACAGGAAAAGAUGAAUCUCAGCCAAAAGGAAGUUAAACGCUUUAAUCCAAUUGAUGCAUUUCCUGGUGAUAUGGUAAUAUUUUCACGGGUUGUUAAUCUUCUGAGAGGGCUUUCUUCCACGUUGAAUGCUCGCAUAGUAUAUCAAGAUAUCAUGAGACCGUUUGCCGAAUCUGUUUUGCAAGAAAAGAUUGCUAAGGGACCAUCAGCAAAUGCACAGUGGAUCUAUGAUACACCAGUUCAUUCUGAAGUGGAGGCAAAGCUGAGGCAGAUUUUAGUUGAGCUAGGGAACGAAGACAAAAUACUCGGAAUCCAGGUAUGUGCCUAUAAAGAUGGAAAGGUUAUUAUUGAUACUGCUGCUGGAGUACUCGGUAGAUAUGAUCCUCGCCCUGUACAGCCUGAUAGCCUUUUCUCCGUAUUCUCUGUAACAAAGGGCAUCACAGCAGGAAUGUUACAUUGGCUUGUUGACAAUGGAAAACUCAACCUCGAUGAAAGUAUUGCUAAUAUUUGGCCAGAAUUUGGAACAAAUGGAAAGAAUCUCAUCAAGGUCCACCAUGUGCUUAAUCAUACAGCUGGAUUGCAAAACGCUUUGGACAACCUCAGAAAAGAAAAUCCUUUGCUACUGACUGACUGGGAUGAAUGUCUGAAACAGAUUGCAAUGUCAGAACCUGAGACAGAACCUGGCCAGGUGCAGUUGUAUCACUUUCUGUCUUUUGGCUGGCUUUGUGGUGGAAUAAUUGAGCAUGCUUCUGGGAAGAAAUUUCAGGAGAUCCUUGAAGAAGCAUUUGUUCGUCCUCUCAACAUUGAAGGCGAGCUAUAUGUUGGAAUUCCACCAGGUGUGGAAUCUCGACUUGCAUCGCUGACAAUAGAUAAAGAUGAUUUUAGCAAGCUAUCAAAAAUUGGUAGUCUCUCUGCACUUCCCUCCACCUUCCAGCCAGAGAACAUUUCUCAACUAGUAACUACACUGCUUGCUUUGUCUAACAUGCUCAACAUUCGUCGCGCUAUUAUACCAGCCGCUAACGGACAUUGCUCAGCCCGUGCCCUUGCACGCUAUUAUGCAGCUCUUGUUGACAGAGGCCUCGUCCCACCACCUCAUUCCUCAUUGUCCACGCCACCCCUUGGUAGCCACCCCCACAUUCCGAAAUUUUCUUCAGAGAUUACCUCCAAAAUGCAGAAUGGUAAAAAGAGCAAGGCAGUGGGUUCUGCUUCAAAGAAAAAAGAAAAUGGUUAUGAGCAGAAGACGAAGCAAAGUAAAGACUCCAAGGACAAUGGUAGUGGUAGAGAAAGUAAUAGUGAUGGUUAUACCAGCACUAGUGGCAGCAGCAGCGCCAGAAACACUAGUUCACCUGACAAUAGCUCUGCAUCCAGCAAUGAUUCUCGCAAAAAUAAUGUCAUCUGGAUCUUUAAUGACCCCAGAAUUCAUGACCAGUUCAUGGGUACGGGUGAAUACAGUGAUCUAGUCCUGCCAAAUGGGAAAUUUGGAUUAGGGUUUAAGAGAUUCAGUUCAAGUGAUGGAUCCUUUAGUGGAUUUGGACACUCAGGUCUGGGUGGAUCCACAGGUUUUUGUGAUAUUGAAAACAGGUUUGCCAUUGCAGUUACCUUGAACAAAAUUUCAUUUGGGACCGCAACGAGAAAAAUCAUUCAGUUUGUUUGUUCAGAGCUAAAUGUUCCAUUGCCGGAUGAGUUCUCAAUUCUUAGUGGAACAGAAGCUGGUGAAGAGUUAAGUACAUCAAGGGCUCUCUUUAACUGACGAUCAGAACGAGUCUUCUCAUUGUUUAAAUGUAUUAUUUCCAGAACUACAGAUAUUAUUUAUACUGAUCACGACUGUACCAAAAGGAUAUUUGUAAACAUUGACAGCCAUUGUUUAUAAGGUUAUACGUGCAGGUGCUCCUCUGCACACAUAUACAGCCAUAAAUAACUUGAUUUACGAGAUUCA